ACUUACCUUUGCACGCCCUACGUCAUUCUCCAACCCCUCCCCUACCAUCUUUAGCCUUCAGAUAAAAAAUGCUGCGUCGAUCCGUCACAAACCUACGAGGUCCUCUUCUCAAACAACAACAGCGAGCAUUCUCAGCAAGUCGACCAAGUCUCGCUAAUGACACUCGCCGUUCUGCUUUGAUCUCACAACAAACUGUCAAGGAAUGGAAGGACCUGACUGCCCCACAAAAAGUCGUGGCUGCUACCAAGACCUCUGCUAAUAUAGGUUUAAUCUUGGCUGGAGCUGCUGUCACUGGCACCAUUCUGUAUUACGUUGGUUCCGAGCUAUUCAGCUCUCAAAGCUCGACCCAUAUAUUUUCGGACGCGCUGGACCGCGUGCGUCAACAUGAAGAAUUGAGUGCUAUGCUAGGCUCUCCUAUCAAAGGUCAUGGAGAACCAAGUCGAAGUCGAUCACGCCGAAAUAGACGGAUAUUACAUCAACUUGCUCAGGACUCGGAGGGAAAGGAGCAUUUGCUUAUGCGUUUUUAUGUUGAAGGACCCGACAAUGAAGGUACCUGCAUGGUCAAUAUGGUGAAGGACGAUAGGGGCAAAUGGCAAUAUCGCCAGCUUUAUGUGGAUGUUCCUGGCUCAGCGAAUAUGGCUAGAGGAGCAUAGAAGCUGAAAAGGAUACGACAUUGAACACAAGGUUCAAGUAAAAUGAAACUGUUAUAGAGGCUGGUCGGUAUACCAUCUCAGUAAGUGCUGACCGGUAAAAGUUGGACUGGGCUAGUAGCAUAUAAAUCGAAUGAAUUUAUCAUGAUCCAAAAGCAAAAAAUAAAUAGUAACAGAGUCUAUUCACUCCAUCGUGAGCAGCUAUCUAUCCAGA